CCACCACCCACCCACACCACCACCACCAUCAUCACCCCCCUCCUCCCAUCGCCAUCGCGUCUUGCGCAAAGAUCGCCGCACAGCACGCUCGGCAGAGAGACGCAGAGACACGGAGACCCAGAGAGUCAAAUACAAUUAUUGUCUUACAGAUAAUAAUUGUAUUUAGGCAUCAUGUUAUAUGCGGUUGGAGGCAGGUGAUUAAUUGCCCGGCAAUUGCUUGCGUGUUUAUUUGUUGUUUUUAUAUUAUUAUUUCUAUAAUAUUGCUGCUGCUUUUUGCAGCGUAUUGGUAGCGCAGAGAGAAGGGUAGGGAGAGAGAGAGGAGGUGGAGAGAGAGAGAGAUAGAAAGGCGAAGACGACAGGCGCUCACAAUGGCUGACGCGUCAGAAUGCAGCAUCAAGGUGAUGUGCAGAAUCCGCCCGCUGAACGAAUCCGAGAAGGUUCGAGGGGACAAAUUCAUCCCGAAAUUCCAGGGCGACGACACUCUCUACAUCGCGGGAAAGCCGUAUAUAUUUGACCGCGUGUUUCCACCCAACACCACUCAGGAGCAGGUGUACAAUGCGUGUGCACGGCAGAUCGUGAAAGAUGUCCUGGAAGGUUACAAUGGAACAAUCUUCGCUUAUGGGCAGACUUCGUCGGGAAAGACCCACACGAUGGAGGGCAAGCUGCACGAUGGGCACCUGAUGGGCAUCAUCCCCCGCAUCGUCCAGGACGUCUUCAACUACAUCUAUUCAAUGGAUGAGAAUCUCGAGUUCCACAUCAAGGUCUCCUACUUUGAGAUCUACAUGGACAAGAUUCGCGAUCUCCUUGACGUUUCCAAGACGAACCUGUCCGUUCACGAGGACAAGAACCGCGUGCCGUACGUCAAGGGCUGCACGGAGCGCUUUGUGUCGAGCCCCGAGGAGGUGAUGGACGUCAUCGACGAGGGGAAGUCCAACCGGCACGUCGCCGUGACGAACAUGAACGAGCACAGCUCACGCAGCCACAGCAUCUUCCUCAUCAACGUCAAGCAGGAGAACGUCGAGACAGAGCAGAAGCUCAGCGGCAAGCUCUACCUCGUCGACCUGGCUGGCAGCGAGAAGGUGAGCAAGACGGGAGCGGAGGGAGCCGUCCUGGACGAGGCGAAGAACAUCAACAAGUCGCUCUCCUCGCUCGGCAACGUCAUCUCGGCCCUCGCCGAGGGCACGAAGACGCACGUGCCGUACCGGGACAGCAAGAUGACGCGCAUCCUGCAGGACUCGCUGGGCGGGAACUGCCGCACAACGAUAGUCAUCUGCUGCUCGCCCUCGGCCUACAACGAGGCCGAGUCCAAGUCCACGCUCAUGUUCGGCCAGCGGGCAAAGACCAUCAAGAACCAGGUGAGCGUGAACCUGGAGCUCACGGCCGAGGAGUGGAAGAAGAAGUUCGAGAAGGAGAAGGACAAGAACAAGGGGCUCAAGAUGGCCGUGACGAGGCUGGAGGCCGAGCUCCUGCGCUGGCGCAACGGUGAGUCGGUGCCCGAGAGCGAGCAGCUGGACGCCAAGGAGCGCCGCAGCCUGGAGGCCAUGACGGUGGACAACGCGCCGGCGUCCGGGGGCGGCGGCGGCGGCGGCGGCGCCGACACCCCCACCGCGCCGGCGGUCCCGGCGACGCGCAUCGGCGACGCCGAGCGGAUCAAGUACGACGACGACAUCCGCCACCUCUACAAGCAGCUCGAUGACAAGGAUGAUGAGAUCAACCAGCAGAGCCAGCUGGCCGAGAAACUCAAGCAGCAGAUGCUGGAUCAGGAGGAGCUGAUCGCGUCGACGCGCCGCGACCACGAGGGCGUCCAGGAGGAGCUCUCCCGGCUGCAGGCCGAGAACGAGGCGGCCAAGGAGGAGGUGAAGGAGGUGCUGCAGGCGCUCGAGGAGCUCGCCGUCAACUACGACCAAAAGUCGCAGGAGGCUGAGGACCGCGGCCGCGACUACGCGGCGCUCAGCGAGGAGCUCGCCCAGAAGAUCAGCUCCCUGGCGGCAAGCGAGGCCGAGGUGCAGCGGCUCCAGGAGACAAGCAGUCACCACAAGAAGCGCGUCACCGAGAUGCUGUCGUCGCUGCUCAAGGACCUGGGGGAGAUCGGCACGGCCGUGGGCAACAGCGACAUCAAGGCGGCGGACGCGAGCGGCAUGAUCGAGGAGGAGUUCACGGUGGCGCGCCUCUACGUGAGCAAGAUGAAGUCGGAGGUGAAGUCUCUGGUGAAGCGCAGCCGCCAGCUGGAGGCCACGCAGGGCGAGUGCAGCCGCAAGGCCGAGGCGUCCGAGCGCGAACUCGCCGCCUGCCAGCUGCUCAUCUCGCAGCACGAGGCGAAGAUCCGCUCGCUCAGCGAGUACAUGCAGAGCGUGGAGCUGAAGAAGCGGCAGCUGGAGGACGCCUACGACACGCUCAGCGAGGAGCUCGCUCAGCUGCGUGCUCAGGAGAAAAUGCACGAAGUCUCGUUCAAGGACAAGGAGAAGGAGCAUCUGGACAAACUGCAGGAUGCUCAUGAGAUGAAGAACGCCCUGGAGCAGCAGAUGAUGGAACACCGCGAGAGCCACCACAAGCAGCUGUCUCGCCUGCGUGACGAAAUCGACGAGAAGCAGAAGAUCGUGGACGGACUCAAGGACCUCAACCAGAAGCUGCAGCUGGAGCAGGAGCGGCUCCGCUCCGACUACGAGAAGCUAAAAAGUGAGGAACAGGAGAAAAGUCGGAGACUCCAUGAGCUCACACUCCUCCAGGACAGACGGGAGCAGGCCCGACAGGACCUUAAAGGAUUGGAGGAGACCGUGGCGAAGGAGCUCCAGACACUGCACAAUCUGCGCAAGCUGUUCGUGCAGGACAUCGCCACCCGAGUCAAAAAGACAGCAGAAAUGGACUCUGAUGACACCGGAGGCAGCGUUGCUCAGAAACAGAAGAUUUCCUUUCUUGAGAAUAACCUGGAGCAGCUUACAAAGGUGCACAAGCAGCUGGUUCGUGACAAUGCGGAUCUGCGCUGCGAGCUUCCUAAGCUGGAGAAGCGCCUGCGUGCCACCGCCGAGCGUGUCAAGGCGCUGGAAGCUGCGCUGAGGGAGGCCAAGGAGAGUGCCAUGCGUGACCGCAAGCGCUACCAGCACGAGGUGGACCGCAUCAAGGAGGCUGUGCGCACGCGCAACAUGGCACGGCGCGGACACUCCGCACAGAUCGCCAAGCCCAUCAGGCCGGGCCAGCACCCCAUGGCAUCCCCCACUCACCCCAUGAUCCGCGGCGGGUCGGGCUGCCUCUACCCACACCGUGACUCCAGCGGAAUCCGCGGCGGUGCACGCCCAGACAAAAUCAAUGGCAGCAGCCACUGUGGCUACGAAGCGGAGGACCCGUCCAAGCUGCUGCUGUGCCAACAGGAGGCUGCCGCCAUCUGAGCACGUACGCACGAAACGAACAUAUCCGACCAGACCCUGGCCACAACCCAACUCACCCCUCCACGCGUCUACCCACACACUCACCCGUCUACCCACUCGCCCCUCUCGCCUACCCGUACUUACCCGCCACCACCCCCCUCCCCCACCACCGUCACCGUCAAAAUAUAUAUAUAUUUUAAGAGCGAUCGACCAACACUGCGCUUCGCUGGAUAUACCAAUAACGCAACGUGGUAACGGCGAGGAGGAGGAGGAGGUCGACGAGGUGAGUGUCGCGGUCACCUCUUUACGGGCGACCGCCCCCCCCCCCCCCCCCGCCUC